UAUAUAAGUCCCUCCACAUAACUCCUGUACUCUUACUCUCUCCCCUCCUCAUCAACUUCUUCCGCAGCAGCCAAAAAAUCUUUGCUUUUCUGACCAUAUCUUGACCGGUUUUUCGUUCGGUUUCCAUGUGUUGCCACAGGUUCCAGUUCUGGAAGUUCUAGCUACUUCUUCAGGCCAAGUUGGAUUUCCGUGCUUUCAACCUUUUCACUCACCCUUUGGGUUUGUGAAGUUAUAGAACGUAACGGGUUAUUUGGUCUUGACUUUGGGAUCGAAACAUUGAGGGGGUGUUGGUGGGUGCGUGGUCAUAAGAACUAUCUUCUUUGAAGACAAUGAUUUUGUGGUGCAGCUGCUGCACUCUGUGGAAGUUUUCCUCGAUUCUUGAGAAGAAAUCCAUUGUUGAAAAAAGCUUCUAUUUUUGGAUUUUCCAAAUCUUCAAUAGGUACAGCCUCCGUACUUAGCCUCGCCAUUCAAAGAUCAUCCUUACGAGUUUUUCAGUCUGCUGCAUACCAUAUCUUUUCUUUCUGGGGUCGUUGGAAUUUCCUUAUUUUUCGGGUAGAAUCGGAAUUUGGAAACUUUCAUAAUGGGAGGGGCAUCAUUGCCACCUGGGUUUCGAUUCCACCCGACUGACGAGGAGUUGGUGGGAUACUACUUGAAAAGAAAAGUCGAAGGACUUGACUUUGAGCUCGAAGUGAUUCCCGUGAUUGAUUUGUACAAGUUCGAUCCUUGGGAGCUUCCAGAGAAAUCGUUCCUUCCCAAGCGAGAUAUGGAGUGGUUCUUCUUCUGCCCACGGGAUAGAAAGUAUCCGAAUGGAUCUCGGACUAAUAGAGCCACCAAGGCAGGCUACUGGAAGGCCACAGGAAAGGACCGCAAGGUUGUCUGUCGCUCCUCAGUCUGGGGUUACCGCAAGACUCUCGUCUUCUAUCAAGGGCGGGCUCCCCUUGGUGACCGAACCAGUUGGGUCAUGCACGAGUACCGCCUCUGUGAUGAUGAUCCUUCCCACCAAGGAACACCGAACUUCCUGGGAGCUUUUGCAUUGUGCCGUGUGAUAAAGAAGAACGCGAACACACAGAAGACAAGUGAUUCCAGUGGAGAACCAGUGAAGGGGAAGAGGGUUGUAAGCAAUUUUGGAAAUACCUCUGCGGAAAUCUCCAACGAGCCUCCAAGUGCUUUCUUGGAUACUUCUCCUCAAGGAAGUUGUUACUCAAGCCCUCUUCCCUCUCCUCAUGAAACUGGACCAGUUCCAGAUUUUGGACCAGCUUCACAUCCGGAGAGCUUCUGGGUCUCGCCAGAUCUGAUCCUCGACUCCUCAAAGGAAUAUUCACGAGUACAAGAGAUGGCACCGGCAUUUUUUAGAUCAUCUGAGAUCCCUAGUCCAAUGAGUUCCUGGAGGCCCUACGAGCACCAAGAAAUUUCCCCUUGCUCAUCGUUUUCAAAUUUUACUGGUGAAGCUGAUGUUGCACUUCCUGGUGAUUUCAGCCAAUUUGGCUAUACAAAUGGAAACUUCACUGGGCUCGAUGGAAGUGGAGGGAGUGCUUACGACAGUUAUGACCUAGCAAGCUCAUUAAGAAAUUCAAAUCUCUCCUGAGAAGAAAUGAAGAAAGCUUGAAUUCGCAGUUCAUACAAUCUCUUGAAUCUUAUUAUUAAUCACGACAGGAUUGGUUUAUUGGAAAUGGAAUCAUUGGGAGGAUUACAAUCUAGAAGUCGUUACCCGAGACAACGCCUUUUAAUGUUGGUCCUCGGAAUGGGAAGUAAUGGUAUAGCUUAUUCUAUAUGUUGUCAAGAAAGGAUUACCUCACAGUUUCUUAUUAUAUGUCUUACUAUUCCCGAAAAAGAAAGCUGUGAAAAUCAUGAAGAAUUAGACAGCAAUGGAAAUCGAAGAACAGCUGAUGUGAACUUUAUGA